AUGAACAGCAGCUACACGGUAAAUGACUUGUUGUCUGAAUUUGAUAAUAUUGUCAAUGGCAAUACUACAAGUUAUACAUUCACGGAAUUGUUUUCGUUAAACUUCACCAAAUACAACCCUGCAAAAAUAGCGAGUUUACAGAGCUCACUUCAGCAAUAUGAUAACCGGCAGUUAACAACAACACUAGAGACAAAUAGAACAAUGAAGCAGAUCAACUGGCCUGCCUUUGAAGUUUUCAUGUUGAAAUAUUUGAUUUGUGUGAGAGAUUUCGAUCCAUGGUCAUUACUAGCAUCUAUAGAUCUAUUUAUUGCCGUGUUUGAAAGUGAGUCAUUACUUUUUAAUCCAAAGUCGUCAUUACACGAACGCAUAUGUGUCCAGUUACUCCCACUUUAUGAGGAGACAAUGUUUUUAGUAAUUCCAUUGUGUCAGUUAGUGGACGUUGAAGGUAUGAAGAUUCAUAAUCGAACUAAUGAUUAUCCAAGACUGACCCAUAUUUCCUCAAUUCUACUUAAAUCUUUGAAUUAUUUGAGAGGUACACCCGAUUUAAAUAGUGAACAGCAUCUGAAUAAAAUUGACCUGCUUAUGGAAAUUUCGAUAAAACUUUGUUAUGUUUACUAUAAAAUUGGUUCUCCUGUGUUAUGUUCAAAUGUUUUUUCGAAUAUUAACAUUCUAAGCUUGAAUAGAAGAUUUAUUAAAAAGUCCAAGUUAGUACGAUACAGAUUUAUUAUGGGUAAAUAUUACGCACAUCAAUCAAAUUUUUACAUUGCCUUCAAUCAUUUGGAAGCUUGUUACAUGAUGGUUAACGACAAAUGCCCAACAGCUUUUAUUAUACAGAUCUUGAAGUAUCUAAUUCCUAUAGGACUAAUAAAUGGGAGAGUCGCCAAUAUUGAUCAAAUUCGGAGGAGAUUCAAUGGGGAGUUACUUAAUUUUCUUUUGGAUACUUAUGAAAUUCUGAUUGUUCAUUACAAGGCAGGAUAUCUAUAUGGAGUUUACAAGUGUAUCUCGAAUAAUGAGAAUCUGUGGAAAAGUUUAGGGCUAUGGAUACCCAUGAUUCAACGACUUCGUAUACCUAUAUUUCGAAAUCUCCUGGUGCAAGUAUCAAAAAUCACACAAUUAUCGUUUGACAUUAUUCAUGCGGCGGUAGUACGAAGUCUAGAAGGAAUGAAUCAGCUAACUACUGCUUAUCAUAUAAUAGAUUCAGGAGUGGUUACUCGUGAUUUUAUUCAUAAUCUUCUUGUUUCCCUUGGUUAUAAUGGCUACCUGAAAAUAAAGUUUGUCGGGCUUGAUAAUUUUGUACUCAGCAAAAAUGAUGCGUUUCCAGACAUGCAUCGCAUCAUCAGCGGUAGGUUUACCACCAAUCCAAAAGAGGCAUGGCUUGAUAGAUGA